GCUCACUAUGCUCUUCCAUUCUUAAUUGUCCUUGUCUGAUUUCUAUUUCCCUUUUGUCUGUCGCGGUUAAAAAUGAGCAAGCCCAGUUCUCAAUUCUGGACUUGCUCGCGUUGCCUUCUACAAGCGCAACGAUUGAGGGGAGUCGCUUUGAAAGCCCCUCGACUCGACUAUAGAGCCAUAAUCCGUUCAGAUCGUACCUUUAGUAGCACGUCUUUUGUCGCCGAUGAGAAGUCCUCCGGUUCGAUCGAGACACAAAAUCAUGUCCGGAAUGAGCAAGAGAAAGGUGCCAUGUCCCGGCGACUGGCAGAUAUGGCGGAAGAGACUAUGGAUACAGGAAGUAAAAGCGACCGUAAGCUGAUGAAAGAGGCCGGCUUUUCAGAAGAACUCAAAGCACAACUUGAGCAAAGGAUAGCGCAGACAAGCUUCAAUGCUGAGAAUCAGCAGGCUAUAAGUCAAGUCACUAUGCCGACUUCUGCUGGAAAAGGCACUCGUGACAUGGCUGCCGCAGAGCCCUGGACAGGGUCAGAAAACCUCCACGAUGCUGCAUUACGCAUGCUCGAUGACUCCCACAAGAGACUACGGACACCGAAUCGACUGCCUUCUCUCGGUGUAAAAGUCAACCUUCGCCCUGCACCCAAACCGAAAGUAUCCGCGGCGGAUCGGCUAGCCAAUGCACGAGAUAGGACCUCCCGUUAUUCCAUCAGCCAGCAAGAUGAUAUGUCUGAGGAUGAGAGGGAGAAAUAUCGCAAAGAAUUGAAGGACAGAUUUUCUCCUGGCGCGAGGCCUAUGCCUGCGUCGCUCCAAGGCCUCACAAGUCUGGCGAAUGAGAGGAUAGAAGAUGCUAUCGCCCGAGGCCAGUUCAAGAAUAUUUCCAGGGGUAAAGGUGUAAAUGUGGAAAGAGAUUAUAAUGCGAACAGUCCAUUCUUGGAUACAACGGAGUAUUUCAUGAACAAGAUCAUCCAGAAACAGGACAUUGUUCCGCCGUGGAUUGAGAAGCAACAAGAGCUGGUCAAAGCAGUGGCGACUUUUCGUGGUAGACUGAGGAAUGACUGGCGCAGGCAUGCUGCGAGAUUGAUCUCCAGUUCCGGCGGCAGUGUUGAGAGUCAGGUCCGGCGGGCAAUAGCCUAUGCUCUGACGGAAGAAAUCGUCAAUCCUAGGGUACGCAAGGUGGAAAACCUCAGCUCAAUCGCUCCAGAUGGCAGUUUGACCAGCGUGACAGUUGAGGAGAGGAUCGCUGCCGGUGUACCAGUCGAGCCUUCCGAGUCGCCGGCAACACCAACACCAUCAGGGUCGCAAGCUGAGCAACCGCAGGAAGUGAUACAGAUUGAAGUUACAGAGCAGCCCGCGGAGACCGCGCCCGUCGCAGUCACCGAAGGAAGUGCCAUAGAUACCGAGUCGCCUACUACACAAGGUGCCGAGGAGCCAGCAGCACCUGUACCUGAUACCUCCUCUUCCUCCCCCUCCUCCUUCCCACCACCAUCAUCUGCUUCCCAGCAGGCACAGUCUCGACCCCUGAGACCAGCGGCAUACGCUUUCCGCGAUCCAGAUUGGGAAAAGGCAGAAUUGUCAUACCACACACUAGCUGUUCAGCAGCUCAACGACCUCACGCGCUCCUAUAAUUUGAUGGCCCCUAAGAUCGCCCAGAAACCGUACUACACUCUCGACCGAGAGUUGAAGCGUUGCUUCGCAGACGUCGCCCCCACUCUCGCCGACGAGAUUCUCGAGCGUAGUCGUAAACCGCUCGUCAAGAUCAGCAUCAUGCCGCAUCAAGAAGGAGGUGUGCUGGAACGAUUUGGGGCCGGAGAGAGAUAUCAUGGUCACCAUGGAAUAAUCCGAGACGAGGUUCACGGUAAAGAGUAUGGAUUUCGGCAAUUCUGGAGGGAUCUCUUUGGCGGCGGUGGUGACGGAAAGGAGAAAAGGCGCCAGGUUGCAUGAACAAGUACUAUAUACCGAAGAAUGUUCAAGACGACAGCUGCGAUCACUCUCACAACAAUCACAACAACGACUAGAUUCAAAUCUAGAUGUAUAUCAAUAUAACAACGACCUACGACCACGAUGACGAUGAAGAAGAUUUGGAAAAUGUAAAAUCAUUGUUUCUUGUAUAGCAUAUCAUUCACUCGUUCAGAUAAUCUCAAGC